AUGACGAUGCGUUUGCCAAAUGAACCGUUUGAUUCAGAUUCGGACUCAAACGAAUCUGUUUCUUUGAGAGACGAUGACGACAAAAACUUUUUCUACGAUACUGAUGAGAUGCUGGACGAGGAAUACUCUGAGUUCCACGGCACUGCUGCUAAUACAGAUCCUAUUGCGGAACAUGCUUGUGCAUAUUGUGGUAUUGAUAAUACUUCAUGUGUUGUCAAGUGUAACAUUUGCAGCAAAUGGUUUUGUAAUUCGAAAAAUGGUACUAAUAGUUCCCAUAUUGUGAACCAUUUAGUUUUAUCCCAUCAUUCUUCAGUUUCAUUACAUCCAGACUCAGAGCUAGGAGAUACUACUUUGGAAUGCUACAAUUGUGGACGUACUAAUGUGUUUGUUCUUGGUUUUGUUCCGGCUAAGAGUGAGGCUGUUGUGGUCUUGUUGUGCAGAUUGCCUUGUGCUAAAAUGAAGAAUGUUAAUUGGGAUACAGAUAACUGGCAACCACUUAUUGAAGAAAGGAAGAUGCUAUCUUGGGUGGCAGAAGAACCAAGUGAAGAAGAUCAGUUGAAGGCCAGGAUGAUUACUCCAUCUCAAAUUACGAAAUUGGAAGCAAGAUGGAAAUCAAACAAAAACGCUACAAUUAUGGAUAUUGAUAUGGUCGAACAAGAUGAAGAUAUUCCUCCGACUUUGAUGAGAUACACUGAUGCUUAUCAGUACCAAAGAUCAUUUGGUCCUUUGAUUCAGUUAGAAGCAGAUUAUGAUAAGCAAUUAAAGGAAUCACAGGCCUUAGAACACAUCUCUGUCACAUGGGAUUUAGCAUUGAACAACAGACAUCUAGCUACUUUUGCAUUAUCCACAUUCGAAUCUAACGAAUUAAAAGUUGCCGUUGGUGAUGAGAUGAUUUUAAAGUAUAGUGGUCCACAACAUGCAGAUUGGACAGGAAAAGGUUUCAUCAUCCAGCUACCAAACAGUUUCAAAGAUGAAUUUACUCUUGAAUUGAAACCAAGUCAAAAAACUCCACCAACUAAUUGUACUACAGGAUUUACAGCAGUUUUUGUAUGGAGGGGAACUUCUUAUAUUAGAAUGCAAGAAGCGUUAAGAAAAUUUGCUGUCACCAAAAAAUCAUUAUCAGGGUUCUUGUAUUAUAAGAUAUUGGGCCAAGAGGUUCCAGAUGUGGAAUUUGAUGUAGAAUUACCCAAAAGCAUUUUUGUGCCUCACUUCACCGAGUUAAACCAAUCUCAAAGUAAUGCUGUGAAGCAUGUUUUACAAAGACCUUUAUCAUUGAUCCAGGGACCUCCUGGUACCGGUAAAACCGUCACUUCAGCUACCAUUGUUUAUCAUUUGUCUAAAAUCCACAAACAGCGUGUUUUAGUUUGUGCACCAUCUAACGUUGCAGUGGAUCAUCUUGCUGCCAAGUUGCACAGUAUGGGUUUAAAGGUAGUACGAUUAACUGCUAAAAGUAGAGAAGAUGUGGAGAGCUCAGUGUCCGAGUUAGCAUUGCAUAACUUGGUCAGCAGGUCUGCAGAAGGUAAACUCAAAAAACUUCUCAAUCUUAAGGAAAAAACAGGGGAACUUUCCUCAUCGGAUACCACGAAAUUUGUGAAGUUAGUGAGAAAAUCAGAAGCUACCAUCAUUCAAAAAGCUGAUGUUAUUUGCUGUACUUGCGUCGGCGCUGGUGAUAAAAGAUUGGACUAUAAGUUCCGCACAGUAUUGAUCGAUGAAAGUACUCAAGCGUCAGAACCUGAAUGUUUGAUCCCUAUCGUCAAGGGAGCCAAACAAGUUGUUCUAGUUGGUGAUCAUCAGCAACUUGGUCCUGUCAUUUUAGAUAGAAAAGCUGGUGACGCUGGUUUGAAACAAUCUUUGUUUGAAAGAUUAAUUUCCUUGGGUCACAUUCCUAUUAGAUUGGAAGUCCAAUAUAGAAUGAAUCCACAAUUAAGCGAAUUCCCAAGCAACAUGUUCUACGAAGGUAGUUUACAGAAUGGUGUCACCAUCGAGCAACGUACUAUUGCAAGAUCUACCUUUCCAUGGCCAAUUCAUACUAUCCCUAUGAUGUUUUGGGCUAACUAUGGUCGUGAAGAGAUCUCAGGCAAUGGUACUUCCUACUUGAACAGAAUUGAAGCCAUGAACUGUGAAAAGAUCAUUACAAGACUAUUCAAAGAUGGUGUCAAACCAGAACAGAUUGGUGUUAUAACUCCUUAUGAGGGGCAGAGAGCAUAUGUUGUACAAUAUAUGCAAAUGAAUGGUUCGAUGGAAAAAUCAUUGUACAUGGGCGUUGAAGUGGCAUCAGUAGAUGCUUUCCAAGGUAGAGAAAAAGACUAUAUUAUUUUGUCUUGUGUCCGUGCCAAUGAGAGAAACACCAUUGGUUUCUUGAGUGACCCACGUCGUCUAAAUGUUGCGUUGACUCGUGCUAAAUACGGUCUAAUAAUAUUGGGUAACCCAAGGGCACUAUCUCGCAAUAGCUUAUGGAGUCAUCUACUACUUCAUUUCAGAGAAAAGGGUUGUCUUGUUGAAGGGUUUUUGGAUAAUUUACAACUCUGCACAGUCCAAUUGACGAAACCUUCUAGGGCACCCAGGAAAGCCCCAUCCAACAACAGUAGUUAUACACAAUAUGCUGGUCAGAGAGACUUUGACACUCAAAGUUUGGUCUCAUUCGGUGGCCAAAACGUCGUUGAAAAAUCUUUUAUUCCAAACACGGACUUGUCUUCGUUAUUGAACCAACAAUAUUGGAAUGGACAGUCUUUUGAUACACAAUCGCGCUUAAGUGCUACGCAUCCUGUUAACCAAUACGAUAAAGACGCGGUCAAUUUUGAUGGAAGUUUAUCCAAUGGCUUAAGGAAGUACAAUGGAGUGGGCUCAAAGUAUCAAACCAUUGAUGAAGAAUCAACGUUAAACAUACUCAAGAGUUUGGACAUCAAUUGA